UGGUCCUGCCCCCUCUGGCCCCGCCUGCUCCUCCUGCUCCCUGGCCAUGGCGCCUGUAGUGACUCCCUGGGCUCACGGCUUGUGGCGGGCCUGCAAUGUGCUCAUGGCAGCCUUCUUCGCUCUGGCCGCCGUGGUGCAGGUGAACGAUCCAGAUGCAGAGUUCUGGGUGGUGGUGUACAUGAUCCCUGCAGUACUUACCCUGCUUGUUGGGUUUAAUCCUCUUGUCACAGGCAAUUUCGUCUGGAAGAGUGUGUCUGCGAUACACAUGCUGUUUUGCGUGCUGUGGGCUGCUGGCUUGGCACACCACUUCUUGCUUCAUGCACAGCACAGCAUCCUAAAUGAGGAAGAAGGCAGGGAGCUGUCUGGCCUGGUGAUCAUCACAGCAUGGAUGGCACUGUGUCACAGCUCAGCAAAGAAUCCAGUUGGUGGAAGAAUGCACUUGGCUAUUGCUGUUGUGAUCGCUCUUUGCCCACUCAUUUCAUGGGCUUAUGUAUACAUGAAUAAGGAGAUGCGUUCCUCCUGGCCAACUCACUGCAAGACAGUCAUUUAGGUGAAGUCAAUGUUUAAAUUAGUAUUUUCAAUAUUUCAUACACAUUAGAGCACAAAUAAACUGGGAAACAGAGAAAUUCCCUGGUUUCAAGAAAUCUGAGUGAAUCCUAGAGAUGAUUCAAGGUCUUCAGAAUUUAACAAGGCUGCCUACAACAGGAUGGAAGACUGAACAGGACAGAUAAGAAGUAAGGCCUGGGGGCUGGAGAGAUGGCUCAGUGGUUAAGAGAGGUGACUGCUCUUUCAGAGGACUCCGGCUCAAUUCCCAGCACCCACAUGGCAGCUAACAACGAUCUAUAACUCUAAGAUCUGAUACUCUCACACAAACAUACAUAUAGGCAAAACACCAAUGUAUAUAAAAUAAGAAUAAAUAAAAACUAAAAAAAAAUAUAGUGAGGCCUGAUUCUCCAGAGGCCUCUUCUUUGACAACAGUAGAACAGGCAGUGAGCAGAAAUUUGAAUUCAGAGUUUGAAUUCAGCUUUCACCCUAUAUGAGGGGGCAAAACCAGGAUGUCAGAACCCCUUAGUUACCACAACCAAAGUGAUGUGAGGGCUGAGAAGAUAAAGUGUGUGUGGAAUCCAAAGGACUGUUGGGGAGGGGGGGACAAAGGUUGGGUAAUAUGCAGACACAGAGGUAAAUUCAAGAAAAGACUGCAAUUCCAAACUAACCACAGUAUAGUUACCUGGCUCAGUGACACAGGAAAACUCUGGAACAGGUGAGCCAAAUGGUAGGCUUGUUUUGCAAUGAAAGUAGAAUAACAGUAGAAAUUAAAUAUAGAAAAGAUGAAUUUGGAGUACAGAAAAAAAGAAUAGGAAAUAUUGAUCAUAAUUUCUUAUUCUCAGUGGAAAUGUAGAAAUCCAUUAUGUUCUUUUAAUGAAUAUCACUGUGACCAUGCUGAGAGCACUGUAGGGUGACACAACCCAACAGAACAGCCACGUGUUGUUAUUGAGCACUUAACUUGUGGGUAGGGUGUCCAAAGAAGUAAAUUCUUAACUUUUGCAUUUUUAGAAGCAGAUACUCAAUUGCCAGAAAAAAGGUUAAGUGUGUUUGGAAUGACAUGUUUUAUGUGUGUGCCCAUGAGCACUCAUGCGUGUUAUCUACAGAUGAAGUAUCUGCAAGCGUUAAGUCAGGUGAAGGAUAUGUUCAGUGCAAAACACAACAGAGUUUAGACCUAAGCACAGGAUGCAUUUUAUACUGACUGUAUGCUGAAAAGUAUUUCGAGAUAAAUUAGGCUAAAUAAAAUGUAUGUACUUAUUAAUGCA